AUGGAGCAUGUGAUUGGCAUCCCAAGGGAUGAUGUUGCUUCUACAUCGACACCUCGUCGACACAAUAAUGAUGGCAUGGAUCAAUUGCCUCGUGAUUCAGAAAGUUCUUCCGGAACAACUGCUGCAUCUAACUCUCCGAAUAUUCCUAUAGCAAGAAGAGAUGAUAAUCGCCGUCGCCGUCAGCACAGUCUGAAUUCUGGCUUCUGGAUAUCAAUUGAACUAGUCGUAAAUCUUAGCCAGAUUAUAGCUGCUAUCUGCGUUCUGUCUGUGUCAAGGAAUGAACAUCCUCAUGCUCCAUUGUUUGAGUGGGUCAUUGGUUAUACAAUAGGUUGUAUUGCAACUCUUCCUCAUCUUUACUGGCGCUAUCUCCAACGCAACCAGCUUCCCACUGUGCAAGGAUCAAAUCAGAACUACGUUCCAGACAACAGCUUUGAAAGUAAUUCUUUUACUGGGAUUUCGCCCCCUCAUGUGUCUGAGGCUGGUGUUGUAACUGUAACAAAUGGAGUCUCGAGAAACAAUACGGUUACCACAAAUCCAAGGGCCCAAGCUUUCGCUGAUUACUUCAAGAUGGCUCUGGACUGUUUCUUCGCUGUAUGGUUUGUUGUGGGAAACGUGUGGGUAUUUGGUGGACAUUCUUCUGCCCAUGAUGCACCCAACUUGUACAGGUUGUGUAUAGCCUUCCUCACGUUCAGCUACAUUGGCUAUGCUAUGCCCUUCAUUCUCUGUGCGCUGAUAUGCUGCUGCCUACCCUACAUAAUCUCUUUAAUGGGCUUCCGGGAAGAUCUGAGCGAAAACAGCGGUGCUACUUCAGAUGUUAUCAAUGCCCUGGGCACAUACAAGUUCAAGUCAAAGAAGCCUCGUAACGGGCAGGGAAAUGAAGCUGGCAGUGGAGUUUUUGCUCCUGGAACAGACAAGGAACGGGCUGUUUCUGCUGAAGAUGCUGUUUGCUGCAUCUGCUUGGCGAGGUAUGUGGACAACGAUGAUCUCCGGCUGCUCCCUUGCGGGCACUUCUUCCACAAGGACUGUGUCGACAAAUGGCUCAAGAUAAAUGCGCUGUGCCCACUCUGCAAAACUGAGAUCGACGUCGCCCCGACGACCACUCCCCCAGCCAUUGGCUUUGGGCGCCGCCACAGCGACAACAGGGUAGGAAACGAUAUUGAAUCACAACUGUAG